AUGGUGCACGAAUANAUCUGUGACAAGGAAGAUUUAMAGCUGAAAAGUGAAWAUGGAGUCAAAAAGMUGAUUGGACUUGUAGAUUUGGGAAAAGAACAUGACCUCAUGAGUUCUUUGACCACAGGCGAAGAGAAGGCAGAAUUGGCAACUCAUGUUUGUCAGUUUKUGUUCCUUGGUAAUACUGGUUUUCGUUUUCCCUUUGCACACUGGCCAACUAAAGAAGUAGACAGUGCCACUCUGUAUAUUCUCUUUUGGGAGGCUGUGUCAAAGCUGUUGCUUAGAGGAAUAAAGAUUGUGUACUGCUGCUGUGAUGGCGGUGAAGCAAACCGUAAUUUCAUAAAUAUGCACUUUGAUGGAAAUGAUCCAGUCAAGGGAAGGUUUUCUGUUGAAAAUCCUUAUACAAGGGAGCCUCUAAUCUUCAUUCUGGAUUUCUCGCAUAAUGUAAAGAAGCUGCGCAACAAUAUCUCCAAAAGUAAAGUUGGUGGGACAAGAAAUCUGACAAUAAGUUCGCAAUGUAUUUCAUGGAAACAGUGGUGGGAUGCUUUUAAUUGGGAUCAACAAACCAAUUCAUUACCUCUACACCAGCGCUUGACUGUAAAGCAUUUGCAGCUGGGAUAUUCUUCAAAGAUGAGAAACCAUCUUGCAGAGCAGGUUCUCAACAAAGACAUGUURGAGUUGAUGAAGGCAUACAAAGAUGACCUCUCUGUUAAGGCUGGCAAAAAUGUUACAUAUCUUGACAAAACAAUAGAGUUUCUUGGUGUAACCAGCACCCUUAUUAAAAACUUCACAAGUCAUCAGACCUAUACCAACAUGGCUGACAGUCGUCUGGUUGAAAAUGACAAGUGCUUACAGUGGCUCCAGGAAUGGCAAUCUGACGUUAAAGGAAGACUAGACCUCAAGGCAUCUGAGAGAAAUAGGCUAUUUUUGUCUGACAAAACCAUGAAUGAUGUGACAUCUUGCAUUUUAGGGUUUAAAGCACUGUGUAGUUUCUCGUUUAAAGCACACCCUGGAUGCAGAGUUUCUGCAUAUCUUGUAAACAGUGACAUCGUGGAAAAUGUCUUUUGCCAACAACGUGGUCGGAAUGGUCAAAAUGACAAUCCAACAUAUGUCCAGUAUGGACCUUCCAUUAAUAGCAUUCUGUUGGGACAAACCACAACAACCAAGAAGGGUAACACAGGAAAGGUUGACAGAUAUGCAUUUUACAAGCCGAACAAGCUACCAGUGCAAAGGAAGGACAGCAAGAAAAGGCCAUUAUUAGAACCAAAGGAAACUGAUGCUCCCGUAACCAGGGAUGUUAUGUCAGAUAAUGUUCACAAUGUAUGCGUGUUUCGGGAAAGUCUGCCAGCUGGCCUUCAUGGGUUCUUUUUUCCUUCUGACAUUUCACAAUCCACAUUGGGGGGAAGAAAUGGUAGCUAUGCAUGCACUUUGAUUGCCAUUUAUGUUUGCAAUUAUUUUGUGAAACAUGWCUUGCCAACUAACUUCAACGAAGUUCUACCUGAUGUUUGGGGAUCUAUGCUAGUGGACUGCAUUACUGCUGGGAAUUCACUCCAUGAUUCAUUGCACCAUGGUCAAAAUAUACCUCUUGAUGUAGAAGAUGCAUUUAAGAAMUGUUCAGAAGAACUCCAACUAUCAUCAUAUGAUGAAAAUGUCUGCAACACUACUAAUCAAGAUGUGUGUCCAGUUGUGGGUUUGCUGUCUCAAUGUGUGAAUGAACGGAUCAAAAGAGGAUGUCUGCUGAUUACUCAAGAAAUCACUAUGGCUGUUCUUUGCUCUUCUGCAAUUAAAAUCACUAACUGCAUGGUAGCUCAGUCUUUGCUUACCACAGUUUCGUUUUAUACUGGGAAGUCUAAAAUGAUCAUUGUUCCUGGUAUUGUAAUUAUGAUGAUCCUGUUGACGCUCUAA